AUGGAGUUGCAAGAAUUCAGACUCGUCAUCCGAGUGGAAGUCAACAACGGGGCCGUUGGGUUCUUUGCAACGACGAAAACCAUCAUAGUGGAGCAAACGAGAGGUAAUCUUCUAGGAAGCAUAGUGAAGCAGCUGAUCCUGUUCGAUGAUUCUAUCGAUAUACCGCCUAGGCUCAGAAACGCAUACAGGAACCAACUUCCUCAGUGCGAGAGGACACUGAAAGAGGCAUUUCAGGAAUUACUCAUGAAGUAUGACCGGACAUACCUGAUCGUUGAUGGGUUCUACCAAUGCUCAGACGACGUUCCAGCGAUUCUGAAGGAGUAUCCUCUAGAACUUAUUAGGAAAGGAUUUAGAUUGAGCCUUCUCACGACGUCUCCUGGUUACUGGCAGGUAGCCAGGGUUAUUAGCUGCAAUCACUGCGGCAGGGAAAAGCUGAACAUCUUCUUCCAUUGCCACUGCGAUGACAACGACUUUGAUCUUUGUCUGCAAUGCAAAGAAAAGGGAAUCACCUGCGCUCGUCACCACGAUGGGCAAGAGACCUACGACACAGUCCGCUUAGAGGUGCGCGCUCGAGAGUGCGAAAUCGAACUGUUUUGUCGCAGCAAACUCACCCAGGCCUCGAGUCCCGGUCCUGGCCAAUGCGAUGAGCGCCUGUAUCCGUCCCCGCCGUACAAAGCUUCGGGUGUUGCGCGAUACCUGUGCCGUAGGCCCGGACUGAUUGAUGGAAUUGCCGAGAAAAUCGCAAGGAAAGCGCAGGGAAACUUCCUCGUUGCCCAAGCUUGGAUCCAGGCCUUGUUGGAAAGGGUCAAGGAGCCAGAGAACUGCGAACAGCUACUCGCCGACCUGGACUGCAUGCCGUUCGCCGUGUUAAACGGAUAUUACAACACAAAAAUCGAGAAUGUGAAACGUUACAGGACGGGACGCGAUAUCCCGUUGGCAUUCAUGACAUUUUGCGUGAUUAUGUCGGCUUGUCGGCCGAUGACCGUAUUGGCACUGCAGCAUGCAUUGGCCCUUGCGAGUGAUCUCGGCGUAAUUCGAGACUCGAAUCUAGACCAUCGAGUUUCCAUCCUGAGGGCAACAAAUGGGUUGAUCACCAUCGACAUGGCUGACGAGGGGAAUUCUUUUGUGCGAUUCAUCCACGCUACUCUGUCGGGAGUCCUGGCCGAGAGUGAUCAGGAUCCGUCCCUGAAGGCUGCGGAGUCGAAGAUGGCAUUCCUUUGUCUGAUGUACCUCAAGCAUGAUGAUUUCUCAGAACACUCUGCGAAUAUCGCGGCGUAUCCGUUCUUGUCCUAUGCUUUGGAACACUGGGGAGACCAUGUUCGCAAGGCAUGUUCAAAGCAUGAUCGUGAGGUCGAGAACGAAGCGCUGGAAUUUCUGGCAAACCCUGAUCACGUCAGGAUAAUAGCUCGAGAAGCCGCGGGGUUGAGCCCAGGGAUGCCGUCGACCUGGAUCCACGAGGGCAUCGACGCUCUUCACCUCUGUGCUUGGUUUGGCUUAACGAGUAUAAUGAACAGGCUGUGUAACCAGGGUCGUGAUAUCAAUAUGGCCGAUAGCAAACACCGACGCACUCCUCUGCGGUACGCAUGUGUCAAGGGUCAUGUGGACACUGUGCAGAUGUUGGUAUCGAAAGCGCUGGUAGACGACAAGGCAGCCAUCGACGCCAUAUCCGGAUUACCUGGGACAGAACGUUCAUAUCGCGAACAGGAGGAUCGAAUGACAAUUGUAAAGAUACUGUUGAAAACCCGGAAUCUUACUCUCAAUGCCGGGCUUGGCCACAAGAAUACAACAAUCCUCAUGUUUGCAGUGAGACUCGGUUAUUACGACUUCGUCGAAAGGCUGUUGGAGGAACCGUUAAUCGACGUCAACAUUCGAGACGCGGAUGGUUAUACCGCAUUAUGGCUCACCGUGGGUGCGUGUCCGGCACCACUAAUCCCUCUGAGAUCCAACCAGACCAACCUGCGCCAUGGUCUCGUCGGAUUGAUGUUGCGACACGGGGCCGACCCGAACAUGAGGUACCAGACUAGAAGGACGGUUUUAACCCACGCAAUCACAAUGGGCCAGUUAGAUGCUGUCGCUACUUUACUUGAAUGUGACCGACUCAAACUGCAAUCUGAGAAGGAUUUGAUUCACAUUGCCAGCGCCAGCGGAUACCCAGAGAUCAUCCGCUUGCUACACUCUGCCAUGCUGGACAAGGGACUCUCUGAUAUAGAUGCACGCGACGAGCACGGAUUGACACCACUUCACCACGCCAGCUUAUCCAGCAGCAAGCAGGCAGGUGUCGCAGCAAGGACGUUGCUCGAAUUGGGCGCAAAUCCCAACAUCAGCGACGACAGGGGCUGUACGCCUUUUACAAUCGCAUCCCUACUGGAAAGGACAGACGUCAUGCAAGCCAUAGGGCGAGGGAAAACCUCACCUGAUCCCGAGGCAAAAACGCUCAAGGAUGUCCCUGCAUUAACCCUCGCCAAACACGGCUACUGGUCAAUAAUUCGAGAACUAAUUACCGCCGGAAGACCCGACCUCGCACACAGGGACAUCGUAACCGGCAACACCCUCCUGCACAUCGCGACGUCCGCCGAUCAGCUUGAUAUCCUGCGCAUGCUGCUUACAUCAAGCAGAAUCCGGCCAGUUUGCGAUGCCAACAACCGUGGGCGCACACCACUUCAUCUGGCGAGAAGCGUCGACGCUACCAAGCUACUAGUCGAGUAUGGUUGCGGUAUUGACGAUGCGGAUAUCAACGGCGACCCGUCCUUGGGCCUGACUCGCAGAAGGCUUACAGAGUUGCGAGUUGAGCGUUAUCUGGUUGAAGCCGGGUUUAGAAUUUGGACUGUAUUCUUUUUCUUUUUUGCUGCGUUGAAGUCGGCCCCCUAUAAGCAUCCUUCAGGCACUAUGUCAUGA